UCCAAGUACGUGCCGUGCGUACACCCGAAGCUCGUCGACGCGCUCGGCUCGAGAGCGUACUGCGGUCGCUUCUCGAGAUCGGGGAACGUCUUCGCCGUCGCGUGUCAGGACCGGCGCAUACACGUGUACGACACCUCGAACGACGCGUGGGGGGUUCGUGGGGUCGUGAACGCCAGGGCGCUGCGUUGGACGGUGACGGAUUGCGCCGUCUCGCCCGUCGACGAGUCCAUCCUGUUCUACGCGUCCAUCACGCCGUACGUGCACCUGGCGCGGGUCCCAGAUUCGAGUACGCCGGACUCUCCGGGAGGAGGUUCAAACGCCGGACGACGAACGACUUCCGGUGGAACGCAAACCCCGCACUCCGAUUCCACCCCGCACCAGUCGCUGGAGAUUGGUCGCGGGUUCGCUUCCCCCGGGCUGGAGCGCGACGGCGUGUUUGGCGUCUGGUCGUGCCGAUGGUCAUCGGACGGGACUACGUUACUGUGCGGGACCUCAGACGCGGCGGCUUGCGUGCACGACGUCGAGAGGGACGUUACCGUGGUGCGGCACAAGGCGCACGACGGCGACGUCAACGCCGUGGCGUGGGCGAACGGCGGGGACGGUGGCGAUACAAACGUGUACUUCACGGGCUCGGACGAUUGCGUGGUCAAGGCGUGGGACACUCGGGCGGCGCCCCGGUGUGGUCCCGUCGGGGUGUUUCUGGGUCACACGGAGGGCGUGACGCACGUGGACUCCAGGGACGACGGGCGGCACUUGCUGUCCAACGGCAAGGAUCAGACGGUGAGGGUGUGGGACUCGCGGCGCGCGUGGAGCAACGAGGACGCCGCGGCGUGGUGCCGGCGCAGGCCCAUACCGGUGUGGAGCUGGGAUUAUCGGUUCAUGGCGUAUCCCGCGUCCGAGGAAAAAACGACGUUUCGCGCUAAACGCGCGCUGCAGACGUUGAGGGGGCACAGGGUCGACCAGACGCUGAUACGCGCCUACUUUUCCCCGCGUUCAACCACUGGCGGAAGGUACGUGUACUCCGGUUCCGGCGACGGCGCCGUUUGUUUUUGGGAUUUACAAACUGGCGAGCUCGUCGCGAAGACGCGGGGCGCGCUCGUCAGGGAUUGCGCGUGGCAUCCGUUCAAGCCGCGGCUCGUCUCCGUCGCUUGGGACGGCGCCGUCGUCCAAUGGGAC